AUGGACUUCAUUCUCCUCCUCACACUCCUAUUCAUACUCUUGAUCACCUCCAUCUUCAUCCUCAAAACAACCUCAAAAAAGAUGAACAAAACUCUAAGACUACCUCCGGGUCCUAAAGCUCUUCCCAUCAUCGGCAACCUCCAUCUCAUCGGACAUCUCCCCAACCAAAGCCUCCACCAUCUCGCCCAAACCUACGGCCACAUUAUGUAUCUCAAACUCGGGUUCAUGCCCACCAUUGUUAUCUCCUCACCGGAGUUAGCCAAGCUCAUACUCAAAACCAAUGACCUUUUGUUCUCCAACCGGCAACGGUCAGAGUUCGGCUUGCUUUACGGCAGCAAAGGCUUCGCUUUCAAUGACUAUAGUCCUUACUGGCGAUCAGCAAGGAAGCUUGCUGUCUCCCAAGUUCUCGGCAGUGGGCAAAUCAUCUCCUUUUCUUCUUUAAUUGAAGAAGAACUUUCUAUUCUCAUAGAGGAUCUCAAAGAGUUUAGUAAUAUUAGUACUAACAAUAAUCCAUUUGUUAGCAUCAAGAAGAAGGUCAUAUCUUUAACAGGAAAUGUCAUAUGCAGGAUGGUGCUGGGAAGGAAGUGUUUUGAAGAGAAGAUUAAUGAGGAACUGAGCUUUGGUGAACUUUGUCAUGAGAUCACUGCUCUCUUUGGUCACUUUAAUGUUGGUGAUUACCUGCCAUUUCUCAAGUGGUUUGAUGUUCAUGGACUGGCCAAGCAUGGGAAGGUUGUGCUGGAGCUGGUUCGCGGGUUCGUGGAUCAAAUCAUAGAUGAUCAUUUACUUGAGAAAAAUCUAAGAAGCGAGAAGGAGAAGAAGAAGAAGAAGAAGAAGAACUCUAUUGUGGAUUUCAUUGACUUCUUAUUGUCAGUAAUGCAUGAUAAGCAUAAAGAGUUGGCGUUGGGGUUAGAAUUUUGA